GCUGCCACCUGGUCCUCCCUUGAACCACAGCUGUCCUCACCCCAAACCUUUCGCGCAGCUGCUGGCUACCGGCGAUACGCAGCAUGAUCCCGGAAACACCAUCUCUUCCGCUAUCAUGGGCUUCUUCACCGAGAGGCGACUGUCCGUUCGGGUAGGGUGCAUUCUCCUGGCCCUCGCCGCCCUGUUGAGCCCCACGCAUGCUUACACCGAACUGCCUGAUGAUGCCCUGCGCGGCAUCCCUUCGGGUGGCGACGGCUUCGAUAUCAAGUCGGGAUCACUCCUGGCGCCCAUUCUGAUCCCACGCGUCCCGGGCACGCCUGGUUCCUUCAAAGCGCAGGAGCACUUUGUCAGCUUCUUCAAAACCAAGCUGCCCGAAUGGCGCAUCGAGUGGCACAACUCGACGGCGAAGACGCCUGCAACAGGCGACAAGGACAUUCCCUUUACCAACCUCAUCUUCGUACGCGAUCCGCCCUGGGCCAAAGUUGGCGACGUCGGCCGGUUGACGCUCGUGGCCCACUACGACAGUCUGUACAAGCCUGACGGGUUUAUCGGCGCCAUCGACAGCGCUGCGCCGUGCGCCAUGCUGAUGCAGACAGCCCUCGGCAUCGAGGAGGCCCUCGCGAAGAAGUGGAAGGCCAUGCAGGAUUCUGGAGAUGCCGGCAUGGGAUUGGAGGAGGAGGUCGGGGUGCAGAUCCUCCUCCUCGACGGAGAAGAGGCAUGGGUGCGAUGGACCGCUGAAGACUCCCUCUAUGGUUCGAGAGCGCUGGCCGAGUCGUGGGAGACGCAAGUCCACCCCGCCAUGUCGACGUACAAAAGUCCGAUCAACUCGAUCAGCCUCUUCCUGCUGCUCGACCUGCUCGGCGCCAAGAACCCUCGCAUACCUUCGUACUUUCCGACAACCCAUUGGGCGUACCAGAACAUGGCCAAAAUCGAGGGCCGCAUGAGGAAGCUUGGGAUCAUCGAGUCUACAGACUCCCAGCCCUUUCUGCCUGAGUCGCACAAAGAACACAGCCAGUUUCGUCGUGGCUUUGUCGAGGAUGACCACGUUCCGUUCAUGGCGCGCGGUGUCGAGAUCCUGCACAUGAUCCCUACGCCCUUCCCGCCACAGUGGCACAAGAUGGAGGAUGACGGCGAGCACCUAGAUAUCCCCACAGUGCGUGACUGGACGAGAAUCGUCACGGCGUUCACUGCCGAGUGGCUGGACAUUGCAGAGUAUCUUCCGAAGAAGACGGAGAAGCAGCUCAAGCGUGAGACGACGGAGACGGCCAAGACGGAAUUGUGA